AUGAGAAGUUAUCGGGAGUUCUUAAACUUGAGAUUAAGUUUAAGAACUCCCGAUAACCUUUCAUCUGGCCGUGCUAUUUGUUCAAAUCUUGCAAUAAAAGCUGACUUUUAUGAAAAAUUAGAAGAAACAUUAGUUGCUUAUAACUUGAUGAAUUGUCCAGAAAGGAUAUGGAAUUGUGACGAAACAGGUCCUAUGUAUGUCAACAAAGCUUCUAAGAUUGGAACUAAAAUAGACAAAAAAUACGUUUACAAUAGAACGUAUGCUGAAAAAGGCACUACAACCACCGUGCUAGCAUAUGUUAAUGCAGCUGAGAAUUUUAUUCCCCCUUUAGUGAUUUUCAAAGGAGUAAGAAAUACUCCGGAACUAUCGAAUGGUUCUCUGCCAAACAGUUUAACCCGACUGUCACAAAAGGGCUGGAUAAAUGCAGAUUAA